CUCAACUUCUCUCCUGUGUUUGGAGAGUGAGCACUUUCGCCUCAGCGUCGUUUGGGGAUACGUCUUGUGGAAUUCAGGGUGGGGUGCAGAGGAGGACGCUGCAAAGGCACGGGCUGUAGGAAAGAUCUGUGCAGCUGCGCCUCGGGGGUGCCUUGGGCAUGAGGGGAAGGGACCACUUGCAGUUUGACUGGCCAAGAGUGAUUUCCCACCUUUCAAAAAUCCUCUGAAGGUGUAAAGGUCGCAGCUAGAGUGAGGCCGAGUACUUCCCUGGGUCAGGAUGGCUAGAGAACCAAGAACCCACGCUGCCCUGGGCGCCCAGCGUGCCGAGGACCAGACGGGGCUCCUACCCGUGAAGGUGGAGGAGGAGGAAGCCUCCGCCUCGGCAGCGGAGUCGAGCGCACCCCGCAGCCCAAAUCCGGCCCCUGAACGCUCCCGCCAGCGCUUCCGAGGCUUCCGGUACCCGGAGGCUGCGGGCCCCCGCGAGGCGCUGAGCCGGCUCCGGGAGCUCUGCCGGCAGUGGCUGCGGCCUGACAUGCACAGCAAGGAGCAGAUCCUGGAGCUGCUGGUCCUGGAGCAGUUUCUGACCAUCCUGCCGGGGGACCUGCAGAGCUGGGUGCGGGAGCAGCACCCAGAGAGCGGGGAGGAGGUGGUGGUGCUGUUGGAAUAUUUGGAGAGGCUGCUGGAUGAGCCGACGCCGCAGGUCCCAGGUAGUGACCAGGAGCAAGAACUGCUCUGUUGUAAGGUGGCACUGUUGACAUCAGCUCAAGGGUCUCAAAGUAGCCAAUACCAGCCGAUGAAGGCUCUGCUCAAGCAAGAAUCUUUGGGAUCCCAGCCCUUACAAGACAGAGUUUUCCAGGUUCCUGGGCUUUCCCAGGGAGGGCGCUGCAGAGAAGACACAAAGGUAGCUGCCAGGUUCACUCCAGAGUCCCAGGGAUUGCUGAAAAUGGAAGAUGUGACCCUGACUCUCUCUCCUGGUUGGAGGCAGCUGGAUUCAUCUCAGGUGAACUUCUACAGAGAUCAAAGGCAGGAGAGCCGUAGCAGCCUGGUCUCCCUGGGUGGUGAAAUACAGACUAAGGUCAAGGACUUGCCUCCCGCUGAGAAACUUCCAGAAAAAGAGCCUGGGCAGAUACUGUACCACCUGGGUGAAGACAUUACCCAGAGUCCUACAUGUACAGAAGCUGGUGAACAGGAGGACAGGCUACAAAGAAAGCAGAAAAGUGCCACAGCGGGGAGGCGACACAUUUGCCAUGAAUGUGGAAAGAGUUUUGCUCAGAGUUCAGGCCUGACUAAACACAGGAGAAUCCACACUGGUGAGAAGCCUUAUGAAUGUGAGGACUGCGGGAAGACCUUCAUCGGGAGCUCUGCCCUCGUCAUUCAUCAGAGAGUUCACACUGGUGAGAAGCCAUACGAGUGUGAAGAAUGUGGCAAGGUUUUCAGUCACAGCUCAAACCUUAUCAAACACCAGAGAACCCACACUGGGGAGAAGCCCUAUGAGUGUGAUGACUGUGGGAAGACCUUCAGCCAGAGCUGCAGUCUUCUUGAACAUCACAAAAUUCAUACCGGCGAGAAGCCAUACCAGUGCAACAUAUGUGGCAAAGCCUUUAGGCGGAAUUCACAUCUCCUGAGACAUCAGAGGAUCCAUGGUGAUAAAAACAUUCAAAAUCCUGAGCAUGGAGAGCCCUGGAAAGGUCAGGGUAGGACUGAAAGCCAGUGGGAAAAUGUUGAGGCUUCCACGUCUUAUAAAUGUAAUGAGUGUGAAAGAAGUUUCACUCAGAAUAGAAGCCUUAUUGAACAUCAAAAAAUCCACACUGGUGAGAAACCCCAUCAGUGUGAUGCAUGUGGAAAAGGCUUCACUCGAACUUCAUACCUUGUUCAACAUCAGAGAAGCCAUGUAGGAAAAAAAAUUCUGUUACCGUGACCUAUGUUACGCAUUCCAAAGUUGGUGCUCAUUCUUCACUGAACUGAAUCCACCCUAGAGCCCUUACUGCCUACAGAAGUUGUGGACUGGGGCUUUAUUUACCACUAUACAUCAUCAGGUAUUAGAAAAUAUAGUUUGGCUGAGAUGAAUUAUCUUUUGUAUUCUAGAAAGUGAUUAAAAAAACUUAUUUGCUAGGAGGCCAUGGAAGAGUUGUUUGGAAGAGGUAGGAUCUGAAAUGGUUUGUUCUCACCCGUAAGACUUAAAUGACCUUCCAGAAUGGCUGCUUGCCCUCAGCCAGCAGUUUAUGAUGUCUCCUGGCUGAAUGGCUCUGAUCUGGGGGACUGCUCCUCUGACCAUUCUUUUGCCUAUAAUGAAUUCUUCAUGAGUUGGUCAGAUCCAUGAGGUCUUUUACCCCCCAUUGUGCCUUCUAUAUAGGUGCUAAUAAACAUUUACUAAAUGUAUCAGUAAAAUGACCUU